UUUAAAACCGGGGUAACAAACGUUUUAUUCUCCUUUACACUUGAAUCUGAAACCAAAUGCCGAGACUUGUAAAUUCAGGGCAAACGCGCCGAUGCCGUGUGGAGGAUGUCUGGUGCUGAGAUUGAAAAGAAAUAUUCAAUGAUGUAAUAGCCUCUAUACCACUCAUUGGUGCCCCGUUAAAGUAAAGGCGCGGAAUUAUUACAGAAGAAAUACUGACGCUCCUCGCAUUCAGUUUGUUUUCGGCAGGGGGCACGGUGAUGAGUGCUUGUCAACGUUCCCGGGAAUGGAAUUUCUCUCGUGGUUGAGCAACAGAUGCUCGUAGCGCAAAGCGUCCAGCAGAAUUAUCUGAAGGACAGUUUUCUUGCUCGCUUUGGACAACCACGUCCUUCAAAGGUUGCAACGGACAGCCCAGGGUCCAUGAUGCAGGUAACUCCGGGAGCAGAACUCGACCUCCCCGCCUCCAACCACACGGGGAGCCAGCCCCAGGACUGUUUCUCGACGGCACCCAGUCUGAGGACUUCCGCCAACCAAACCGAUGCCCUCAACAGAGACGAAAACCUGGCCAAAAUCGAAGUCUUGGUACUGGGCGUCAUUUUCUUGGUGGCCAUCCUUGGGAACUCGGCCGUUCUCCUGGCCCUGUACCAGACCAAGAGAAAGAUGUCUCGGAUGCACCUCUUCAUCCGGCACCUCAGCAUGGCCGACCUGGUGGUCGCCCUGUUCCAGGUGUUGCCGCAGCUCAUUUGGGACAUCACAUACAGGUUCAAAGGUCCCGAUUUCCUCUGCCGAAUUAUAAAACACCUGCAGCUGUUCGGCAUGUACGCCUCCACUUACAUGAUGGUCAUGAUGUCAAUAGACCGUUACAUCGCGAUCUGCCACCCUCUGAAGACCCUCCAGCAACCCAGCAAGAGGUCCCACCUGAUGAUUGUCGCCACUUGGGUGGGCAGCCUUAUCCUGAGCGUCCCGCAAUACUUCAUCUUCUCUUUGAGCGAGGUUGAGGGGGGCUCCGGUGUCUACGACUGCUGGGCGAGAUUCGCCCCGCACUGGGGAAUUAAGACCUACAUCACCUGGAUCGCCGUCACUGUCUUCAUUAUCCCGGUAUUCGUCAUGAUUACCUGCUAUUCCUGCAUUUGCUGCGGCAUCUUCAGAAAUAUCAAAUACAAGACCAAGAAUGCCGAGGCUGGGACCUCGUUUGAGAAUGGCCUAAUCACCGUCGGCGCCAGCAACAUGAAGACAAUCUCCAAAGCCAAGGUUCGCACUGUGAAGAUGACCUUGGUGAUCGUUUUGGCUUACAUCCUGUGCUGGGCACCCUUCAUCGGCGUCCAGAUGUGGUCGGUUUGGGAUUACAACGCUCCCACAGAUGAUUCUACGGACGCAGUAUUUGCCAUCACCACCCUGCUUGCUAGUCUGAACAGUUGCUGCAAUCCGUGGAUCUACAUGUUCUUCAGCGGCCACCUGCUGAGCGACAUUCUACCCUGCUGCCGCAAGAUCACCCAGACGCUGGAGAAUUCGGAGAGCAGCGUUAAGCAGCAGACGCUGCUCACCAAGGUCAGCCGCAGGAGCCCUUCAUUCAACUUGUACAACUGGAAGGACAGUGUCACAUCUUUCCAACUGUCCCAGUCGAUGCCAAUAGAGACAUGAGGCAAUAAUGUUUGUUUGGCUCCAUUCUACAGCCACAUUUCAAUUCUUAAUAUUACGUUUAAAUGCAGUGCCAACAAAAUAAUUUAUCUAAACGUUGCUAUAAUUUUCAGAGCUGGAUAGAACUGAGGAUGUCUAGAUUUGUGGGGGAGGGGGUUAGUUAAUGGGGCUCUAAGGCAUAUAUUCACUUUUUAUUGAGUUUUCUUUGUAGUCUUAUGGCCAAAGAGUACAAUAAAGGUCAAAAGUAGUUGAUCUUUAGUUCACAAUAAAUGGACUGUAGCAAAUAACCCACAUUAGUAAUGUUACUUUGCAUCUUCGACAGAUAAGAAUUCAGAAAAUCAAGGAUUUGAAGGUAAUGAGGAACAGGCACAGAAGAAGAGUUAAGGCCAGCAUAGGUCAGCCAUGAUCGUUCUGACUGGCAGGGCAGGCUUGAGGGGCCUGGCUGCCUACUCCCGAACCUGUUCUCUUGUGUUCUGAUGCACUGAGUUAUAUUUCAAUGUUGUUGACACAAAGAAUCUAAGAAUUCUGAUAUAUCUUCAAUUCAUAAUUUUAGGUGAUUGGAAGAGAGUAUAGAGAGGAUGUAAAAGCUAAGUUUUUUUAACGCAGAGAAUAGUGGGUGCAUGGAACAUGCUACCUGUAGUGAUGGUGGAAGCAGAAACAUUAGGGACAUUUAAGAAGCACUUUAAUAAGCACAUGGAUGAAUGAAAAAUGGAGGGUUCUGUGGGAGGGAAGGGUUACAUUGAUCUUAGAGUAGAUUAGAAGGACUGCACAAUGGCAUCGACCAAAGCACGACCUAUAAUAGUUUUGUUAAGUGAGUUAGUGAACAGACAGAUAAACCACUUAGGUUAAAAUAUUAGAUCCAGUUAAUCUAAAGUCUUAAAUUAAAGAUGAUCUCAUGUUUACAUUAUCUUCAAUAAUGCCCUAUAUAAGCUUUAGCACCCUCAUUUGAAAUGGCAUGUUAUAACUCUCAGGGCUUAAUAUUGAGUUCAAAGGUCACAGGUAAGCACCCUUUAUCCCCACAGAUGUAGCCAUCACUUUUCCAAAUCUGAUGAGGUGUACUUGACUUGAAACAUACACUUUCUUUCUCUCUCCACCAACGCCUGAUCUGUGAGAGCCUCCAGCUUUCUGAUAUUCAAUAUUUACAGGCUGUUUCUCCCCCCCACCCACCCCCGAUCUUAUUUUUUUUGCAGUGCUAUGAAACCAAAGAAGUACAUUACAUUUUAGCACAACUUCUCCAGGACUUAACACAUUGAUUUUCCUGAUAUCCCUGACAUUCCCCUAUACUUCCCUCUAAUCCCCUUAAAACAUACUCUCUCAAAUUAUCCAGUUCCACCUUGGAAAAAGCUGCUGUCCACUCGACUAUUAACUCUUAUCAUCUUAUACACCUCAAAUUGUGACUCAAUUAAUAGGGAUGCUGGUAGAUUUUAUUUUUAUAUAUACGUACUAAUUUUGGGCAGAAAUGGCUAAUAUGAGGGGGCAUAAUUUUAAGGUGAUUGGAGAAAGGGAUAUGGGGGUGUCAAAGGUAGAUUUUUACACAGAGAGUGGUGGGUGUGUGGAACACCCUGUCAGGUGAUGGUAGAGGCAGAUACAUUAAAGACAUUUAAGAGACUCUUAGAUAGGCACAGGGAUGGAAGGAAAGUGGAGGGCUAUACGGGAGGGAAGGGUUAAAUUGAUCUUGUGUUGGUUCAAAGGUCGGCACCAACAUUGUGUAUCAAAGGGCCUGUACUGUGUUCAAUGUUCUACUUUCUAACUUUUGGGAUGAGAUGAGAGUUUUGCUGGCAAGGUCAGCAGACAAGGUGCUGAUGGGCCACUGUAAUGGUAACAGUGAUUUCAGGGAGGAGGGUUCAAGGUUAGAGACCCAAUGACAAAGGAGAAGGUCCAUGGUCUCUUGUGACAGCUGGACUUGUUCUUGGUGCCGGUGGCAUGUGAGCGAUUGCAGUAGGCUUGGUGAGCGACUGUGGUUGAUUUCUAUCUGAGCCACUGUGAACAAUGUGCCAGUGGUGGGGAUUUUUCAGCUGUGGAUGAUUGACCAGUCAAGUGAGUUGCUUUGCCCUCUUCACUGUGAUUGGAUCUAACCUUAUCUAGACAAGUGGAUACCAAUCUAUCAUGCCUGAGUUAUGCCUGAUCCUUUAAUGGGGGGUGGGUUUGAGAUACCCAGUGGAGACUGGUAGUCAUAGUUUGGAUGCCUAUGAGUGUCAUUCAGAGCAAGUUACUGUCGACUUGGGGAAGAGGCCUCGUCCUCUCACCUUGGCUGUGAUACAUGUGACAGACAUGUGAGAGAGAAAAGGGGACAAUUUUAAUAAAAUAUAACUUAAGAAAACCCAUGCACAUGUGAGUUUUCAAUAAAUACCAUAAAUCUGCAUUGGAACCAUUUGAACCUCAGCUUCCUUAAAAUAGUAGUUUACUUUCAGUAAUAAAGUAAGAAGGAGCUGGCCACUUUAUAUUCUUGAAUCAAACAUUUUUAACAACUAUAUUGAAUUCUAAAACGUGAUCUCUUUGUGGAAUGUACAGUAGCUUCUUAAAGUCUCUCUUUGCUUAGAUUUCUAUUCUUUCCUCUCCUAUCUAUCUUGCCCCCACAACAAUGCUCUUCUUACAUUUAAACUUGAUGAAAAUGCACUCUGUUAAUAAUUUUUAAGCUGUGUUUAUCCACCUAGACAUUGAUAAUAGUUCCAGCCUGAGCAGUAUUAACUUCGGAGUCAUAUUUCUACUGCUUCAGCAAAUGUUUAAUAAUUGUAGCUAAAAAAAGCCUCUUAUCACUUUACUGGUGUUACUCAAGACAGAAUAAAAUGCUUAUAAUUCUGUACAUACACAAAAUGAUGGAACUACGAUGUUAUGUUGAGGUUGUAUAAGAUGUUGGUGAGGCCUAAUUUGGAGUAUUGUGUGCAGUUUGGUCACCUACCUACAGGAAAGGUAAACAAGGUUGAAAGAUUGCAGGGAAAAUUUACAAGGAUGUUGCUGGGUCUGGAGCACCUGAUUAUAGGGAAAGAUUGAAUAGGUUAGGACUGUAUUCUUUAGAACAUAGAAGAUUGAGGGGAGAUUUGAUAAAGGUAUAGAAAAUUCUGAGGGGUAUAGAUAGGGUAAAUGUAAGCAGGCUUUUUCCACUGAGGUUGGGUUGGAUUACAACCAGAGGUCAUGGGUUAAGGGUGAAAGAUGAAAAUUUUAAGGAGAACUUGAGGGGAAAUUUCUUCAUUCAGAGGGUACUGAGAGUGAGAAUGAGCUGCCAGCACAAAUGGUGCAUGUGAGCAUGAUUUCAAUGUUACAGAGAAGUUUUGAUAGUUACAUGGGCGGGAGGGGUAUGGAGGGCUAUUGUCUCGGUGCAGGUCGAUGGGAGUAGACAGAUUAAAUGGUUCUGGCAUGGACUAGAUGGGCUGAAGAGCCUGUUUCUAUGCCGUACUUCUCUCUGACCCUAUAACUCAGCAUAUCAGGCAGCAUCAAUGGAGAGGAAUAUAGUUGAUGUUUUGGACCAAGACCCUUCAUCAGAAUCCUUUGUGUUUAUAAUUCUUUACCUAAACAGGGUGGUACAGUAGUGUAGUCUUCAGCAUAACAGAACUAUUGCAGCAGUAGCAUCCCAGGCUCAAUUCCCACUGCUCUCUGUAAGGAGUUUGUACGUUCCCUCCAUGGCUCCUCCAGGUGCUCUGGUUUCCCCCCAUAUUCCAAAGAUAUACGUGUUGGUAGGUUAAUUGAUUGAUUGCAUGGGUGUAAUGGGGGGGGGGGGUCACUGAGCUGGAAAGGCCUGUAACUAUGUUGUAUCUCUAAAGAAAUACACUAGCAUCAUUUUAAAAUGCUGGAAGUCAUGAAACAGUUACUGUAGCUCAGACAGAUAUAAAUGUGGUCUGUUUACAAAUGUUGUGAUCAAUGUGGAUUCCUUCAAGUUAAUAACAAAUGGCAUAGUAUGGCGACCCACUUCCUAGCGCAUUCGAACUGGCUUACAAAUAGCCAGCGCGCAGGCACAAAGGUCAGGUCCGCAACAAAGGGAAAAAGCCUACGGGGGUUUGUGAGUACGUGUCCCUUAGAGCAUCCGCACCCAGGGAGGGCGGGAUGAGGGAGGCUUUAAAGCAAGGCUGUGAAGUUCGAAUAAAAUCAUCUUUAAUUGCAGU